GGCAAUUCUCACGAUGGCAACAACAACAGCUCCAGCAACAACACUAAUUGCAGCACCAGCAACGAGCUGCGAGCCGAUUUGGCUGCGGCGCGAGCUGCUUUCGCGGACUUCCAUCGACUGGGCCGCGGCCUGCUGCUGCUGAGCCAGGUGUUGCUGAGCGCGACGGACCGCUGGGCUGCGGCACUACAAUCCGCGCAGGGAGCGGCAGCAGCUGCAGGUGUGUGCCUGGGUUGAGAAAACGGGCGGUAUUUUCAGUUUGGCGGGAAACCAUUUCAGCACAAGAUCUCCCUCACAAGCAUCAUGCACCAGGAUGCCUCACAUCAGCAGCACUGGCGCCUGCCGGCCGCCGCCAGAGCGCACAAGCAGCGGCGGCGGCAAGAGCAGUCGCAACAGCAGCAGGAGCGGCAGCAGCCGCAGCCGCAGCAGCAGCUUCCACAGGAGCGGCGGCAGGCGGAGGCACAAGCGGAGGCGCAGGCGGAGGCAAGCAGGGCGCAGCGAGCGCAGGCUCUGGCGGCGGACGGGGCGGCUUGGGCGGCGGCGCGGGCGGCCCUGGUGGCUUUAUACCGCGUGGAUGACGGCGUGUUGGCGGGGGAGGUGCUGGCGGGCUGGCGGCGGCUGGCGGCGGCGCUGCUGCUGCUGCCGCACGGCGGCCAAGGUGCGGGUGUGGGGGCCGGUCUGAGGGUUGGUGAGGGGGAACUGCGGGUUGAGGAGGAUGGUGGGGAUGACGACGAUGCGAUUGAGGUGGAGGAGGGCGAUGCCGAGGGCCGAUGGAACACGACUGCUGCUGGUGCCAUUCCUGAGGCGGCCGCCGCCGCCGCCACCGCCACCGCGGCACCUGGGGGCUGGGCUCCGGCCGAGGUGGUGGAGGGGUGUGUGGCGCAUGCGGCGCGCCUGGCGCCGGCGGGCGCGCUGGCGGCGCGGCUGGUGGGCCUGCUGCGCCACUUCCAGGCCGCCACCGGCGUCAACGUGUUCCGAGAAGCCGACCCCGUGAGGCUGCUGCUGCUGUGGCUGCACCUGCUGCUGGCCGCGCCCGCCGGGGCUGCGAGUGCUGCUGCGGCUGCGGCGGCUGCGGCGGCCGGGGCUGGGGCUGGGGCGGCGAUUGCGGCUGCUAUAGCCAGUGGUGGUAGGGGUGCUGCUGGUGCUGCGGGUGCUGCGGGUACGGCUACUGCCGUGGCGGCGGGCGCCGGGGUAGCAGUGCCGAUGCCGGCACCGGCGGCGCCGACACCGGCGGAGGCGAUGGCGGCUGAAAGUCGGGAGCUGUACCCGUUGGCGGCGGAGGCGCUGCAGCGGUGGGUGGCGGAGCACUGUCAGCGGCUGGAGGCGGCGGCGGAGGCGGCGCAGGAGGCGGCGGAGGUGCGGGCGGCGGAGGCUGCGGAGCGGACUGCUUCUGCUUCUGCUUCUGCUGCUACUGCUGCUACUGCUGCUACUGCCGCUGGUGCUGGUGUCGCGGCGGCGGCGGCUGGAGGGGACGGAGAUGGAGAGGGCGGGGCAAGCCGAGGGCAGCAGGCGGCGAGCGAAGGAGUGGCGCAGGCUGGGGUGCAGCAGGUGGAGGAGCAGGGGGAAGGGGAGCAGGAGCUGCAGCCGCUGCCGCCGUGUGUGUUGUUCUUCCAGGUCCUGAUAGCGGUCGUACAGGACCCGGCGGCGGGGGGGCAACAUGCUGCCGCCGCCGCCGCCCCCUGGACGCCGGCUGUAGCAGCCGCGCUGGAGCAGGCGGCGCAGCAGCUGUUCGGUCUGCUGGGGGGCGAUGCUACAGCCUACUCCGCCUGUGUGGCGCUGCACUGGGCCGGCGCCGCCGAGUCCCUUGCUACUGCCGCCGCCGCUGCUACCGCCGGCACUGCUACUGCCGGUGCUGCUGCUACUGCUGAUGCAUCUGCUACAGCCUCCGGCUUCAGAUUGGGCAACCGCGCAGCGGCGGGCCAGCAGAGGGGCAGGGCGGCGGGGGCGGCGGCGGCAGUAGCGGCUGUAGCGGGGGAGUGGGCGGGGGAGCCGGGGGUGUCACGGGCCCUGGACGUGUUGCUGUCCUACGGCGGCCUACCGCUACUGGUGCGAGCGGAGCUGGCGCGGGCGGGCGACGACCGGAAGCGAGUGGCCGGCGUGUUCUCCUUCCUGGCAGCGGCCUGCCGCCCCUCCCUGCCCGCCUGCAGCGGCGCCGGUAACGGCAGUAGCAGCAGCAACGGCAGCAAUGGCAGUAGCAGCAGCAACGGCAAUAGCGGCAGCAUGGGUGCGGUGACGCCCAGUGGCGGCAGUAGCUGCUGCCCCCCGCGCCACCCCAUGGGCCGCAUGGUGGAUGUGGCCUGCGAGCUGCUACUGCCGGAGAGCAACUGCGGGGUGGAGGGGCGGGCGGCGGCGCUGCAGGCUCUGGCUGACGCCCUGGACGAACACCUGUCGCACCUGGACCGGCAGCAGCAGCAGGCGGCGGCGGCGGCGGCGGCGGCAGCGCGCUUACGUAAGCCGCACGUGACGUCGCGGGGAAGGCAGCUGGGAAGGAGGGCUGAGCAGGAGCGGGGGAGGGGGCAGGAGCGGCGGCAGCAGGGGCGGCGGCAGGGGCAGGAGGAGCAGCACCGGCAGCGGGCGGGGACCGGAGGUGGUGGGUGUGAUUUCGAGGAGGAGGAAGACGAGGAGCGUGGCGAUUUUGAGGAGGAGGUUGAGGAGGCUGGUGCGGACGAGGAGGAGCAAAUCGGGGGCGGGGUCCGGGGCGAUGCCGCCGCCGCCGCCACCGCCGCGGCCGCCGCCGCCGCCUCUGCCGCCUCUGCCUCGCUGUGGAGUGAGUCGGCUUUGUCAGCAUUGCUGUUCUCAGUGCUGCACGACCCAAGCAUAAAGGUGCGGCGCGCCGGAAUGCGGCUGCUGGCGCUGGUGGUGUUGCCGGCGGGCGGGCCGGGCGCGGCGGCGCUGGUGCGGGCGCUGGCAGCCAAGCUGCGGGACAGGGACGCGCUCGUGUCGGACCGGGCUCUAGGCCUGCUGGCGCAGCUGCCACCCAGCUUCCUAGCGCGCGUGCUGGCGGAGGAGCGGCCGUGCGGCGGCGGCGGCGGCGGCGGCGGCGGCAGCGGCGUGGACUUUGGAGACACGAAUGUCGCUGGCGGGAGUGGGGGCGGCGGCGGGAGCAGGGCAAAGAGCCAGCAGCAGCGGGGGGCGCAAGCGGUACGCAGCGGCGGCGGUGCCGCUGGCGGCGCCGCCACUGCCGCUACUGCUGCUACAGCCACGAUGUUGGCGCCGCCGCCGCCUGACGGCUGCGCUGCGGUCGUUGCGCAUUGCCUUGAGGGGCUGGCAGAGGCAGGCGGCAGUAGCAGCGAGAAGUCGAAGGGCUGCUGGCGGCUGCUGAAAGGCCUCGUGGAGAACGCUGCUACAACCGCGGCUGCUGCGUCGGUAGCAGGGACGGUGAGGACGCCUGGUGCGGCUGAGGCGGGGGCUGUAGCUUGGAAUCCGGCAGUAGCAGGCCCGGCGGCGAUGCACCCUCUGGCGCUGCUGCUACUGCCGUCUGGCGGGCGCCUGUCGCUGUUGGAGGAGCAGGCGGAGAGGGAAGCGGCGGCGGCGGCGGCGGCGGGAAAUGCGGCUUCUGCAAGCAGGGCUGUAGCCGCUGCUGCUGCUACUGCUGCUACUGCUACCGAUGCUGCUGCUACUGCUGUUGGGGCCGUUGGCGGCGGCAGAACGACGGCAGCGGCUGCAGCGGCGGAGGAUUUGUUGCAUGCGGUGCGGCGGGCCGCCGUGGCGGUGCGUGACCUUGCGGCGGGGGCGGACUGAGGGAUUCAGGAGCGGGUCGCGAAGAAGCUGCUGGGUGUGGCAUACCUCAAGCACCGCGCGCAUGGGCGGCGGUCGCGGUGCGCGGUGCGGCGACGGCCGCAGAGAAAGGGGUGUGAAGUGGAUUGGCACGGAUCUAUCUAAGAAGCGGAAGGCGCGAUUGGCGACGAAGUCCUGAGAGUGAGAGGCAUGAAAGAAUUGUGACGGCGCGGUGUAAGUGGGGGCUGGGGUGCGUGCGGUUGCGCAUUAACGGUCCACGGGAGGUACGCGACAGCUACCAGCUUGUGUGGGUAUGUGUGGCACAUGCUGGUGUGCGUGACGGUCCUGGCUUUUCGGCUUGCCCCAGAGUUCAGCUGGAUUACAUACUGGACGCAGCAGGCGUAGUCAUGUACAGUAGCUGCUGGUGAGCUGGCUUGAGGGCUACUGCUGCAGUUGUGUUCAUUUGUUACAUGCAUA